GUAAGAAAAAAAGUUCACAUCUCAAACUAUACUUCACCAUUAAGACAACAAUCUUCAAAAACAUGCCCGUUAUGCCUGCACCACGGCCAUUCAUCCUAUUCUUCAAUCCAGUCAGACAUGCAAUACCGUUCUAUCAACAGCUACAAGAUGUAGCGCGAACUGAGGUCAUCACAAGCAAGAGCAGAGACGAAUUCUACUUCGAUCUCCAAAGAAAAUACAAGGAUAUCUCAAUCAUCUACAGAACAUCAGCCAGCGGCGCAGUAGCUGGCAAUUUCGACGCAGACUUGAUCCAGCAUCUACCUCCUAGCUGUAAGCAUAUCUGCCACAACGGUGCCGGCUAUGACCAGAUCGACGUGACCGCAUGUGCAAAACGCGGAAUCACCGUGACCUACGCACCGGACCCCGUUACCGAAGCGACAGCAGACCUUUCCAUCUGGCUGGUGCUGGGCGCUCUGCGACAACUGAAUCCAUCUCUCAACUCCCUGGCGGGCUGGGAAGCAAAAGUCCUGGGUAUCCUCGGCAUGGGCCGUAUCGGACGCGCUAUCCAGAAGCGGGCCGAGCCGUUUGGUCUGAUCACCAAGUACCAUAACCGCAAGCCUCCCUCCUCUGAUCAGGCUGCCGGGGCUGAGUAUGUCUCUUUUGAAAAGUUGCUGGCUGAGAGUGACAUUAUUAGCAUUAAUGUUCCUCUUAACGCGCAGACCAAAGGGCUCCUUGGGGAGAAAGAAAUCUCUCAGAUGAAGAACGGGGUUGUCAUUGUGAAUACCGCUCGUGGCGCAAUUAUAGAUGAGGCUGCGAUGGCAAAGGCGCUGGAUUCGGGAAAGAUUAAUGAGCGCGCCUUGAUGGUGCCCCAUCUUGGAACUCAUACCGUUGAGACGCUGGCGAAAAUGGAAACGUGGGCAAUGGAGAAUGCGAGAAGAGCGGCGCUAGGGAAAAGAUUGUUCUCGCCUAUUCCAGAGCAUAUUGCUUUGCAGUGA